AUCGCAUUGCAUCGCCUUGCAUCGCCUUGGACUAUUGCCGUCGUCGCCGUCCAGGCCAGCCGCACUGACUGCAUCUCUGUCUCGUCCACGUCCUCGUCCACACAAGCCACUCACCCGUCUGCAUCCGCAUCCCCACCAUGUUUCUUCCACGCUCGGCUCUGGGACUGCACUGGGCCCGCCACGUCUUCCGCACCCAAAACCCGGUCGUGGCGUCGGCGCUCUCGGCUCGUCGCUGGUCGCCCAACACCAAGCUGCUCUUGUCCGGCACGGGCCUGGUCACCGUCUCGGCCCUCAGUCUCUACUACGGCAACCCGCAUCUGCUGGGGCUCCAAUGCGACUCGCACUCCACCAGCAGCGCCCAGAGCAAGCUUCCGGGUCGGCCGGACCUCUCAGCCGACGACAUCAAUGCCGAGCUGUGGAAGGACCAGUCGACGUUCGACACUGGCGGCGUCGCAAAGACCUGUCGCGUGGAUGUCAACUAUCUCGAGUCCAACCGCCCGAUCGAAGAUCGCCACUUUGUCGGCACCUUUGACCGCGGCCUUCUCGUGGGCAUCUUUGACGGCCACGCCGGCGACGAGGCCGUCAAGCUGGCCAGCAAUGUCCUCCCGAGCUACAUCGGCAGCGCCAUCAAAUCCUCAUCGUCCAUCGGCCAGGCACUUGUCCAAGCCUUCGAGAGCUUUGAUCGCCAUCUCUACAACAUCCCCAAAGAGAUCCUGCCUGACUUUGAGCGCCUGAGCGCCAACCAGGUUUCCUGGAUCGACAUUCCGGCCGAAGCCCGCAAGCGGCUACUCCAGGCUCUCUCGGGCUGCUGUGCCUCGUUUGCGUACGUCAAGAACGACAAAGUGACGGUGGCCAACUCGGGCGACACCCGCAUCUUUAUCGGCCAUCGGCUGAGUGAGGGCGUCUAUGAGGCGCGCGAUCUGACGGACGACCACCAGCCUGGCAAUCCUUCGGAACUGGCCCGCAUGCGAGCCGAGCAUCCCGGCGAGCACGAAACCGUGGCGAGCUACCACCCUUCCGAAGUCAACGGGCCCUUGCGCGUACUUGGCGGCAUGAUGCCGUCCCGAACACUCGGCGACAUGAAGUACAAGUGGCCACUUGCCUGGCACGAGAAGAUUGACGAGAUUGUCCUCCGUCGCCCAAGGAUCACCAAGACCUCAUACCGAACCCGGCCCAACUACAAGACGCCUCCUUACAUCAUUCCUACCCCUGAGAUCCGCGAGUACGGCUUGAAUAGCAACGACGAGUUCAUGGUCCUGGUCACCGACGGUGUGAGCGAAGUACUCACCAACCAGCAAGUGGUUGACGCCGUCGGCAAGUACCUCAGCACAACCACGUCUCGCCAUGAGACCGCCGAGGACGGACACACGAUCGUGGACUCGAACGGCGCAACGCACAUCCUGCGGGAGACCCUGGGUCAGAUUGGCGAGGGUGAGUUUGGUCCGCACACGCUCAGCCGGAUGCUGUCGCUCGACCCCAAGACGAGCCGGUGGAUCCGCGACGACAUCACGAUCAUGGUGGUGUUCUUCAAGGGCAGCGAGAAGCACCUGAAGAACACAAAGAAGGACGUCCGGCUGGUCAUCAGGCCGACGGACGUGAGCCCCCUGCCCAAGGCCAAGCUCUGAACGGCGACAGACUUUGCAAACGAGAGGGCGGACGGCGAGCUGCAUCUCCGCACCUGCACCUGCACCUGCACCUGCACCUGCACCUGCACCUGCACCUGCACCUGCACCUGCACCUGCA